GGCGGCGGCGGCGGUAUCGGCGGCGGCGGCGGCGGCGGCGGCGGCGGCGCGGGGGUUGAGCCGUGGUAGUGAGGACGCGCUCGUGCUCGGGAACUAUCGGAUUAAACUUGAAUCGAGUGAAAUUACACAAAGGAGCGCCGCUGAGCAGGCGGCCCGGGCACCCGGAGACCCUGAAACUCACCAGAGCCCCGUUCGCCCCCGGCCAACUCCGCGCCCGUGGACUCAGCCCCCUGGCCGCGGCCGCCGAGCCAACUCCGGAGCUCGCUCUGCAUUUUGUUUUCCCCUCGGCAUAGGGCAGCGGAGGAGCCCGCCCGCCCGACCCGGACCUAUAUCCAGACUUGGCCUGACACUGCAGGGUCCAAGAGAAUUAAAGAAAUAUGGAAUGACAUGAAGAAGAUUAGUUAAGGAUUAUAGGCUUUGAGGACAAGCCCCCAGUGAAGUGAAGCACAGUCAGGCUCCUGAGCUGUAGUGUGGAGGAGCCGUGUGUUGGAAGAAGAUGGCAGAUCCGGGAAUGAUGAGUCUUUUUGGCGAGGAUGGAAAUAUUUUCAGUGAGGGUCUUGAAGGCCUCGGAGAAUGUGGUUACCCUGAAAACCCAGUGAAUGCCAUGGGUCAGCAGAUGCCGAUAGACCAAGGCUUUGCCUCUCUACAGCCGUCCCUGCAUCAUCCCUCCACGAAUCAAAAUCAAACCAAGUUGACCCAUUUUGACCACUAUAAUCAGUAUGAACAACAAAAGAUGCAUCUGAUGGAUCAGCCGAACAGAAUGAUGAACAGUGCCCCUGGGAAUGGACUCGCGUCCCCUCACUCGCAAUACCAUGCCCCUCCCGUCCCUCAGGUCCCUCAUGGUGGCAGCAGCAGUGGCCAGAUGGGCGUCUACCCUGGCAUGCAGAACGAAAGGCAUGGGCCGUCUUUUGUGGACAGUGGCUCCAUGUGGGGCCCCCGGGCUGUUCAGGUACCGGACCAGAUACGCGCGCCCUACCAGCAGCCACCCCAGCCGCAGCCCCAGCCAGCUCCGUCGGGGCCGCCCGCACAGGGCCACCCGCAGCACAUGCCACAGAUGGGCAGCUACAUGGCGCGCGGGGAGUUUUCCCUGCAGCAGCACGGCCAGCCGCAGCAGAGGAUGAGCCAGUUUGCCCAAGGUCAAGAGGGCCUCAAUCAGGGCAAUCCUUUUAUCACCAGCUCAGGACCUGGCCACUUGUCCCAUGUGCCCCAGCAGAGCUCUAGCUUGGCACCCUCCCUACGCCACUCGGUGCAGCAGUUCCACCAUCCCCCCACUGCUCUCCACGGAGAAUCUGUUGCCCACAGUCCCAGAUUCUCCCCUAAUCCUCCUCAACAAGGGGCUGUUAGGCCACAAACCCUUACCUUUAGUUCUCGGAGCCAGACAGUCCCCUCACCUACGAUAAACAACUCAGGGCAGUAUUCUCGAUAUCCUUACAGUAACCUAAAUCAGGGAUUAGUUAACAAUACAGGGAUGAAUCAAAAUUUAGGCCUUACAAAUAAUACUCCAAUGAAUCAGUCUGUACCAAGAUACCCCAAUGCUGUAGGAUUCCCACCAAACAGUGGUCAAGGACUAAUGCACCAGCAGUCCAUCCACCCCAGUGGCUCACUUAACCAAAUGAACACACAAACUAUGCAUCCUUCACAGCCUCAGGGAACUUAUGCCUCGCCACCUCCCAUGUCACCCAUGAAAGCAAUGAGUAAUCCAGCAGGUACUCCUCCUCCACAAGUCAGGCCCGGAAGUGCUGGGAUACCAAUGGAAGUUGGCAGUUAUCCAAAUAUGCCCCACCCUCAGCCAUCUCACCAGCCCCCUGGUGCCAUGGGAAUUGGACAGAGGAAUAUGGGCCCCAGAAACAUGCAGCAGUCUCGUCCGUUUAUGGGCAUGUCCUCAGCACCGCGGGAGCUGGCCGGGCACAUGAGACCAAAUGGUUGUCCUGGUGUUGGCCUUGCAGAUCCACAAGCCAUCCAGGAACGACUACUACCUGGCCAGCAGCACCCUGGUCAGCAGCCGUCUUUUCAGCCAUUGCCAACCUGUCCUCCGAUGCAGCCCCACCCGGGCUUGCACCACCAGUCUUCACCCCCACACCCGCACCACCAGCCUUGGGCACAGCUCCACCCAUCACCCCAGAACACCCCACAGAAAGUGCCUGUGCCUCAGCAUUCUCCAUCGGAGCCCUUUCUAGAGAAACCAGUGCCGGAUAUGACUCAGGUUAGUGGACCGAAUGCUCAGCUAGUGAAGAGUGAGGAUUACCUGCCGUCAAUAGAGCAGCAGCCACAGCAAAAGAAGAAGAAAAAGAAAAACAACCACAUUGUUGCAGAGGAUCCCAGUAAGAGUUUUGGUAAAGACGACUUCCCUGGUGGGGUUGAUAACCAAGAACUAAGUAGGAACUCACUAGAUGGGUCCCAGGAAGAAAAGAAGAAAAGGAAAAGGCCGAAGGUAAAAAAAGAUCCCAAGGAACUUAAAGAACCCAAGGAGAAAAAAGAUCCCAAGGAGCCCAAGAUCCCAAAAGUCCCUAAGAUUCCCAAAGAGCCAAAGGAAAAGAAAGCAAAAACUGCCACGCCAAAACCCAAAUCCAGCAAAAAGUCAAGUAAUAAGAAACCUGAUUCAGAAGCAAGUGCUUUGAAGAAAAAGGUCAACAAGGGAAAAACAGAAGGUUCUGAAAAUUCAGAUUUAGACAAAACACCCCCACCAUCUCCUCUUCCUGAAGAAGAUGAGGACCCAGGUGUUCAGAAGAGACGUUCCAGCAGACAGGUAAAGAGGAAGCGGUACACGGAAGACUUGGAGUUCAAGAUCUCUGACGAGGAAGCAGAUGGUGCAGACGCUGCUGGGAGAGACUCCCCCUCCAACACCUCGCAGUCAGAGCAGCAGGAAUCUGUUGAUGCAGAAGGUCCAGUGGUAGAAAAAAUCAUGAGCAGUCGUUCAAUAAAAAAGCAGAAGGAAUCUGGAGAGGAGGUAGAAGUUGAGGAAUUCUAUGUGAAAUACAAAAACUUCUCUUAUCUUCAUUGUCAAUGGGCAUCUGUAGAAGAUCUGGAAAAAGAUAAGAGAAUUCAGCAAAAGAUCAAACGAUUUAAGGCAAAGCAGGGCCAGAACAAGUUCCUUUCAGAGAUUGAAGAUGAGCUUUUUAAUCCAGAUUAUGUGGAGGUUGACCGGUUAAUGGACUUUGCACGUAGCACAGAUGACCGGGGAGAGCCUGUGACUCACUAUCUGGUGAAGUGGUGCUCACUGCCUUAUGAAGACAGCACAUGGGAGUUAAGGCAGGACCUAGAUCAAGCAAAGAUUGAAGAGUUUGAGAAACUAAUGUCCAGGGAGCCGGAAACAGAGCGUGUGGAGCGACCUCCUGCUGAUGAUUGGAAGAAAUCUGAGAGUUCCAGGGAGUAUAAAAACAAUAACAAACUCAGGGAAUACCAGUUGGAGGGAGUAAACUGGCUUCUUUUCAAUUGGUACAACAUGCGAAACUGCAUUUUAGCAGAUGAAAUGGGUUUGGGAAAAACUAUCCAGUCCAUUACAUUUCUCUAUGAGAUAUAUUUGAAAGGAAUCCAUGGCCCUUUUUUAGUAAUUGCCCCAUUGUCCACAAUCCCCAACUGGGAAAGGGAAUUCCGUACCUGGACAGAGUUGAACGUGGUUGUGUAUCAUGGAAGUCAGGCUAGUCGUCGGACCAUUCAGUUGUAUGAAAUGUACUUCAAAGAUCCCCAGGGUCGUGUGAUAAAGGGGUCCUAUAAGUUUCAUGCCAUCAUCACUACAUUUGAAAUGAUUUUGACUGAUUGUCCUGAGCUGCGGAAUAUUCCAUGGCGCUGCGUAGUCAUUGAUGAAGCCCACAGGCUGAAGAACAGGAACUGCAAGCUGUUGGAGGGGCUCAAGAUGAUGGACUUGGAACAUAAAGUGCUGCUGACCGGGACCCCACUCCAGAACACUGUGGAAGAGCUCUUUAGCUUACUUCAUUUCUUGGAACCAAGUCGCUUCCCUUCAGAAACCACCUUUAUGCAAGAAUUUGGUGAUCUGAAAACAGAAGAACAGGUGCAAAAGCUUCAGGCUAUUCUAAAGCCAAUGAUGUUGAGACGCCUCAAGGAGGAUGUAGAAAAGAACUUGGCCCCCAAAGAAGAAACUAUCAUUGAAGUCGAGCUAACAAACAUUCAGAAGAAAUACUACCGAGCCAUCCUUGAGAAGAAUUUUACGUUUCUUUCCAAAGGUGGCGGUCAAGCUAACGUCCCUAACCUGUUGAACACUAUGAUGGAAUUGCGCAAGUGCUGCAAUCACCCAUACCUUAUCAAUGGUGCUGAAGAGAAAAUUUUGGAAGAGUUUAAAGAAACACACAAUGCAGACUCUCCAGAUUUUCAGCUCCAGGCGAUGAUCCAGGCUGCUGGCAAGCUCGUGCUGAUUGACAAGCUGCUGCCCAAACUGAAGGCUGGUGGCCACAGGGUGCUCAUCUUUUCCCAGAUGGUGCGCUGCUUGGACAUACUGGAAGACUACCUCAUUCAAAGACGGUACCCCUACGAAAGGAUUGAUGGCCGAGUAAGAGGCAACCUCCGCCAGGCAGCUAUUGACAGAUUCUCCAAACCUGACUCUGAUAGGUUUGUUUUCCUCCUGUGUACAAGGGCAGGAGGUUUAGGCAUUAAUCUUACUGCUGCUGAUACCUGCAUCAUCUUUGAUUCCGACUGGAAUCCCCAAAAUGAUCUCCAGGCUCAGGCUAGAUGUCAUAGAAUAGGACAGAGCAAAUCUGUGAAAAUCUACAGGCUGAUCACAAGAAAUUCUUAUGAAAGGGAGAUGUUCGACAAGGCUAGUCUGAAGCUCGGUCUGGAUAAAGCCGUGCUGCAGUCUAUGAGUGGGAGAGAGAACGCCACCAAUGGGGUACAACAACUUUCCAAGAAAGAAAUAGAGGAUCUUCUUCGAAAAGGGGCCUAUGGUGCACUCAUGGAUGAGGAGGAUGAAGGCUCUAAAUUCUGCGAAGAAGAUAUCGAUCAAAUUCUCCUACGGCGAACCCACACUAUCACCAUUGAGUCUGAAGGAAAAGGUUCCACAUUUGCUAAGGCCAGUUUUGUUGCCUCUGGAAAUAGGACAGAUAUCUCCUUGGAUGAUCCAAAUUUCUGGCAAAAGUGGGCUAAGAAGGCUGAAUUGGACAUUGAUGCCUUAAAUGGGAGGAACAACCUGGUCAUUGACACUCCAAGAGUGAGGAAGCAAACCAGGCUGUACAGCGCAGUGAAGGGAGAUGAGCUGAUGGAAUUUUCAGACUUGGAAAGCGAUUCUGAAGAGAAGCCUUGCACGAAGCCCCGGCGGCCCCAGGACAGGUCCCAGGGCUACGCAAGGAGUGAGUGCUUCAGAGUUGAGAAGAAUCUGCUCGUGUAUGGUUGGGGACGGUGGACAGACAUCCUUUCUCAUGGACGCUACAAACGCCAGCUCACUGAGCACGAUGUAGAAACCAUCUGCAGAGCCAUCCUCGUGUACUGUCUCAACCAUUACAAGGGAGAUGAGAACAUCAAAAGCUUCAUCUGGGAUCUGAUCACACCCACAGCUGAUGGCCAGACACGAGCAUUGGUUAACCAUUCGGGUUUAUCAGCCCCGGUGCCAAGGGGAAGGAAGGGGAAGAAGGUGAAAGCCCAGAGCACACAUCCGGUGGUGCAGGAUGCCGACUGGCUGGCUAGCUGCAACCCAGAUGCCCUAUUCCAGGAGGACAGCUACAGGAAGCACCUGAAACACCACUGCAACAAGGUCCUGCUGCGCGUCCGCAUGCUGUACUACCUAAGACAAGAAGUCAUAGGAGACCAGGCAGAUAAGAUCUUAGAUGGUGCUGACUCAAGUGAAGCUGAUGUGUGGAUACCAGACCCUUUCCAUGCUGAAGUUCCCACAGAUUGGUGGGAUAAGGAAGCAGAUAAGUCCCUCCUAAUCGGAGUGUUCAAACAUGGCUAUGAGAAGUACAAUUCUAUGCGAGCUGACCCUGCGCUGUGCUUCCUGGAACGAGUUGGCAUGCCCGAUGCCAAGGCCAUAGCUGCAGAGCAAAGAGGAACAGACAUGCUAGCAGAUGGUGGUGACGGGGGAGAAUUUGAUAGAGAAGAUGAAGACCCAGAAUAUAAACCAACCAGAACGCCAUUCAAGGAUGAAAUAGAUGAAUUUGCAAAUUCUCCAGAAGAUAAGGAAGAAUCCAUGGAAAUACGCACCACAGGCAAGCACAGUGAGAGUAAUGCUGAGUUAGGCCAACUUUACUGGCCUAACACCUCAACCCUGACUACCCGUCUGCGCCGGCUCAUUACUGCCUAUCAGCGCAGCUAUAAAAGGCAGCAAAUGAGGCAAGAGGCCCUAAUGAAGACUGACCGGCGCAGACGGCGGCCUCGGGAGGAAGUGAGAGCCCUGGAAGCGGAAAGGGAAGCUAUCAUAUCUGAGAAACGGCAGAAGUGGACAAGAAGAGAAGAGGCUGAUUUUUAUCGUGUGGUGUCCACUUUUGGCGUUAUUUUUGACCCCAUGAAACAGCAGUUUGACUGGAAUCAGUUUCGAGCCUUUGCCAGACUUGACAAAAAGUCUGAUGAGAGUUUGGAGAAAUACUUCAGUUGUUUUGUGGCCAUGUGUAGGCGGGUGUGUCGAAUGCCCACUAAGCCAGAUGAUGAAUCACCCGACCUCUCCUCCAUGAUUGAGCCAAUCACAGAAGAGCGUGCCUCCAGAACUCUCUACCGCAUUGAACUGCUGCGGAAAAUACGCGAGCAGGUUCUUCACCACCCUCAGCUGGGAGAGAGGCUGAAGCUCUGCCAGCCGAGUUUGGAGCUGCCCGAGUGGUGGGAGUGUGGAAGGCAUGACCGAGACUUGCUGGUUGGUGCUGCGAAACAUGGGGUCAGCCGGACGGAUUAUCACAUCCUCAAUGACCCAGAGCUGUCCUUCCUGGAUGCACACAAAAGCUUUGCUCAGAACAGAGGGGCAGGUAACAUAUCUUCCUUGAACCCACUGGCUGUUGGAUUUGGCCAGACGCCCACAGUCAUCUCAUCCACCCACGUCCAGGAUGAGAAGGUGAUGGGACAAAUGGAAGGCAAAGUGGAGGAGCCCAGAACCACAGCUGCUGCAGAGAAACCUGAGGCGAAGGAAGAGGAAGAAGGACCGGACGGCAGGGAGAAGGGCAGCAAGCAGGGCUGUGAGGCCGAGGCUGGCUCUGUGGGAAGUGAGCUGAAAGGGGUGGAGGUCAGUGCAGUCUCAGGGCCCAAGUCUAUUUCAGAAAAAGGUUCUGAAGAGGACGAAGAAGAAAAGCUGGAGGACGAUGAUAAGUCGGAAGAGUCUUCCCAACCUGAAGCAGGAGCUGUCUCUAGGGGGAAGAAUUUCGACGAAGAAAGCAAUGCCUCUGUGAGCACUGCUAGGGAUGAAACCAGAGACGGAUUCUACAUGGAGGAUGGGGACCCUUCAGUAGCUCAGCUCCUUCAUGAAAGAACAUUUGCCUUCUCAUUUUGGCCUAAGGAUCGAGUAAUGAUAAACCGAUUAGACAACAUCUGUGAAGCAGUGUUGAAAGGCAAAUGGCCAGUAAAUAGGCGCCAGAUGUUUGAUUUCCAGGGCCUUAUCCCGGGUUUCACACCACCCACCAUGGACAGUCCCCUGCAGAAGAGGAGCUUCGCUGAGCUCUCCAUGGUUGGCCAAGCUAGCAUCAGUGGAAGCGAGGACCUCCACACUUCGCCUCAGUUGUCAAAGGAAGAUGCCCUCAACCUCUCUGUCCCUCGCCAGCGGAGGAGGAGGAGGAGGAAAAUUGAAAUCGAGGCUGAGAGAGCUGCCAAGCGGCGAAACCUCAUGGAGAUGGUUGCCCAGCUGCGGGAGUCUCAGGUGGUCUCAGAAAAUGGACAAGAAAAAGUUGUAGAUUUAUCAAAGGCCUCAAGAGAGGCAACAAGCUCUACCUCAAAUUUUUCAUCUCUUACUUCAAAGUUUAUCUUGCCUAACGUCUCAACACCAGUGUCUGAUGCCUUUAAGACUCAAAUGGAACUGCUCCAGGCAGGUCUGUCACGCACACCCACAAAGCAUCUGCUUAACGGCUCCCUGGCGGGUGGAGAGCCUCCCGUGAAGAGGAGGCGGGGAAGGAGGAAAAAUGUGGAGGGCCUCGACCUGCUUUUCAUGAGCCACAAACGGACACCGCUGAGUGCAGAGGAUGCUGAGGUGACCAAAGCUUUUGAAGAAGAUAUAGAGACCCCACCUACAAGAAACAUUCCUUCUCCUGGACAGCUUGACCCAGACACGCGGAUCCCUGUUAUAAAUCUUGAAGAUGGGACUAGGCUGGUUGGGGAAGAUGCUCCUAAAAAUAAGGAUUUAGUUGAAUGGCUGAAGCUGCAUCCUACUUACACUGUUGAUAUGCCAAGUUAUGUACCAAAACCGAAACAGAAACGACACAGGUGUCGAAACCCUAAUAAAUUGGAUAUAAACACUUUGACUGGAGAAGAAAGGGUGCCUGUUGUCAAUAAACGAAAUGGGAAGAAGAUGGGUGGAGCUAUGGCACCUCCAAUGAAAGAUCUACCCAGGUGGCUGGAAGAAAAUCCUGAAUUUGCAGUUGCUCCAGACUGGACUGAUAUUGUUAAGCAGUCUGGUUUCGUUCCUGAGUCCAUGUUUGACCGCCUGCUCACAGGCCCCGUAGUGCGGGGCGAGGGUGCCAGCCGCAGAGGACGGAGGCCCAAAAGUGAGAUUGCCCGUGCCGCGGCCGCCGCGGCCGCCGUGGCCUCCACGUCUGGAAUCAACCCUCUGCUGGUGAACAGCCUGUUUGCCGGAAUGGACCUCACCAGUCUUCAGAAUCUCCAGAACUUGCAGUCGCUGCAGCUGGCAGGCCUCAUGGGCUUCCCCCCGGGCCUGGCCUCCGCGGGCAGCGACGCCAAGGGCGCGGGCGCUGUCCUGCCACUCAUGCUGCCAGGUGUGGCCGGCCUGCCCGGCGUGUUCGGCCUGGGUGGGCUGCUCAACAGCCCCCUGGCGGCGGCGCCCGGGAGCGCCGCGAGCGCCCCCGGCCAGGCGGACGUGGACAACGGCGCCCCCAAGGUGGACGACAAAGGCCAUGGGAACGAGGACGAGAACAAGGACUCUGAGAAAAGCACAGAUGCCCUUUCGGCCCCUGACUCUUCGAAUGGCUCUGUGGGCGCUGCUACCGGCCCGGCCGGCCUGCCCUCCAACCCGCUCGCCUUCAACCCCUUCCUCCUGUCCACCGUGGCCCCGGGCCUCUUCUACCCGUCCAUGUUUCUACCUCCGGGGCUGGGAGGCUUGACGCUGCCCGGCUUCCCCGCACUAGCCGGACUCCAGAGCGCUGCGGGCGCUGGCGAGGAGAAGGCCCCAGACAAGGCCGACGGCGGCGCCUUCCCGCAGCCCGAGAACCCAGAGGGCAGUGACGCCGACGAGAACCUGGACAAGACGGCGGAGUCCUCCGCCUUAGAAGACGAGAUGGCACAGGGUGAAGAGCUGGACUCGCUUGAUGGGGGGGAGGAGAUAGAACACAAUGAAAAUGAUGAGUGACCAGUACCAGUCCGAUUAAAGUGUUUAAAACUUUUGACAAGUGGUAGUCCUACUGUUUACACUCACAGUUAAUGUUCAUACCUAGUUUUAUAAGCUGUUCUGUAACAUAGUGUAGCAAAAAAAAAGUCCAAGUCAUGUUUAUACAGGUGUGUCAAAAGGUAUCUUGGUCAUUAAGUAUUGUGCAGUGCAUUAUUUAUUAUCCCUAGGAGAGAUGAAAUUUGAGAGGUGAUCUUGUCUUUUUAAGGAAACUUACAUAAUGCUCUGCUUUUCUUCUUUUCCUUUUGGUACCAUUGGUAUUAUAAUAAAGAGCAAUUUGUAACCGAGUGGCACUAAUGGAAGGAAGUGCUGCUCAAAGGAAGUAUGAAGUUAUAUAUUUAAUUUUUAAUUUUAAUUUUUUGCUGUGAAGGUCAAGAUGAAAUUUACCAUACAUAUCAUACUUGCUCAUUUGUUUCCCUAUUUUGACUGUAUGGGGGUUCCCACAUUUGCUCAUACACACAUAUCCAUACACUCUGACAAUCUCCACCUUAGUGUGAACGUCUCUGUCCCGAGGCGCAGCAAUAAUAAGGCAGCUGUUGAAUGUGAAGGGUCCCUUUGGAAAUUAACCUACUGGGAGGGUUCUUGCCAGACAGAACUACAGUUCCAUUGUCUUGUGGUCUUGUAAUGCACUGGUAUAAACAAAAUAAAUAGAUAAGUAAAUAAAGAGUGAGAGAAGAGAAAAUCAGGUACCUUUUUUAAAUUAAAGGACUUUGUUACUUUAGCCACAAAGCUAAAACAGCAUUACCUCAGCUCUAAACUAGCCUUGAAGUUUACAGACAUGACUUUGUAAAUGUAUUGUUUUUCUUUGUUGUGAUGUCCUUUUAUUUUUUUCUUUGAAAACUGCUAUCAUGUAAGAUAAAAUGUAAAUUGCUGCCAACUGUAGUAAUGAUGCUUUUAAUAAAAGUGACCCAUGAUAUGCA